UUGACUAGAGAAGCAUGCGGGAAGCCCAAAUCGGUGCGGCGGCCGCGGUCGAGCCAGUCGCUGGUUCUGAGGAGGGAACACGUCAUUGGGAACCGGGUUUACACGACGAGGGCGAGAUUCGACGGCAGGAACCGCCAAAUUUCAAUCGAUUGCAACUGUGGGAGCGACGCCAGGCUGAGCUUCGCCGUCGAGGGGAAAAGGGUGCUGCAGAUUAAGCGGCUGAAGUGGAAGUUUAGGGGGAUCGAGCGGGUCGAGGUGGACGGGGUCCCGAUCGAGAUCUCGUGGGAUGUCUACAAUUGGCUGUUCGAGGAUGUGGGGAGCGGUGGCGGGCACGCCGUGUUCAUGUUCAGGUUUGAGGGCGAGGAAGAGGAGUACGAUUGCGACGGCAGCGGAGGAGGGGGAAGCGGGUUAGCGACGCCGCUGACGGAGAAGAGCGGCGGUGAUGGCGAUCGAGUGGAGGAAGGUGAAGAAGGGGUUGAUGAUGAGGACGACGGCGGCGAGGAGUUCGUCCUGGUCGCCGAUUUUGAUGUCGCCGACGUCGUCGGUGGGACGAACUCGUCGGUGAUGGAGUGGGCCAGCAUAGAGGAGAGCGAGUUGGGUUGUGGACCUCAGGGCUUCUCUUUGUUGGUUUGCGCCUGGAAGAAAUGA